GGGGCAGGGUUAAAGUGGGAGGCCUCUGGGCUUCGUCCCCUCCCGCUCAGUCCCGGGCCGCCCCUGGGUCCCCUCCCUCCUCCCCACUCGGCGCCCGCAUCUCGGGCCGUCAGGACCCGGGCCUCUCCUCGGAAGUGCCCAGACGGCCUCUCCUUGGAAGGGCCAAACCAGGACAUCAGGGCACAUGACUACUAUCAAGAUGUUCCAGGGUUCUUUUUCUGUGUUCCUGCUUGGGGGCCUCUUAGGAGUCCUCCAUGCUCAGCAGCAGGAAGUCAUCUCACCUGACCCCUCCAUCGUUGACAGGAACAACAACUGUCCAGAGAAGGCUGACUGCCCAGUCAAUGUGUACUUCGUGUUGGACACCUCGGAGAGCGUGGCCAUGCAGUCCCCCACAGACAGCCUGCUUUAUCACAUGCAGCAGUUCGUACCUCAGUUCAUCAGCCAGCUGCAGAACGAAUUUUACCUGGACCAGGUGGCGCUGAGCUGGCGUUACGGUGGCCUGCACUUCUCGGACCAGGUGGAGGUAUUCAGCCCCCCAAGCAGCGACCGGGCCUCCUUCACAAAGAGCCUCCAAGGCAUCCGCUCCUUCCGCAGAGGCACCUUUACUGACUGUGCCCUGGCCAACAUGACCCAGCAGAUCCGGCAGCAUGUCGGCCGAGGUGUGGUCAACUUUGCUGUGGUCAUCACCGACGGCCACGUCACGGGCAAUCCGUGUGGAGGCAUUAAAAUGCAGGCUGAGCGCGCCCGCGAGGAGGGCAUCCGGCUCUUUGCCGUGGCCCCUAACAGGAACCUAAAUGAACAAGGCCUGAGGGACAUCGCUAACACCCCACAUGAGCUCUACCGCAACAACUAUGCCACCAUGAGGCCCGACUCUACCGAGAUUGACCAGGACACCAUCAACCGCAUCAUCAAGGUCAUGAAACAUGAAGCCUACGGAGAGUGCUACAAAGUGAGCUGCCUGGAGAUUCCUGGGCCCCAUGGACCCAAGGGCUACCGCGGACAGAAGGGUGCCAAGGGCAACAUGGGUGAGCCAGGAGAGCCUGGACAGAAGGGGAGACAGGGAGACCCUGGCAUCGAAGGCCCCAUUGGAUUCCCAGGACCCAAGGGUGUGCCCGGCUUCAAGGGAGAGAAGGGUGAAUUUGGAUCAGAUGGCCGGAAGGGAGCCCCCGGCCUAGCUGGCAAGAAUGGAACUGAUGGACAGAAGGGCAAACUGGGCCGAAUUGGACCUCCUGGCUGCAAGGGAGACCCAGGAAGCCGGGGCCCUGAUGGAUACCCUGGAGAAGCCGGAAGCCCAGGCGAGCAAGGAGACCAAGGUGCCAAGGGGGACUCUGGCCGCCCGGGACGCAGGGGACCACCAGGAGACCCUGGAGACAAGGGAAGCAAGGGAUAUCAAGGCAACAACGGAGCUCCUGGAAGCCCGGGAGUGAAAGGAGGCAAGGGAGGGCCUGGCCCCCGUGGACCAAAAGGAGAGCCGGGGCGCAGGGGAGAUCCUGGAACCAAGGGCGGCCCGGGCAGCGACGGUCCAAAGGGGGAGAAGGGUGACCCUGGUCCUGAGGGGCCCCGAGGCCUGGCUGGAGAAGUUGGCAGCAAAGGAGCCAAGGGAGACAGAGGUUUGCCUGGACCCAGAGGCCCCCAGGGGGCUCUUGGGGAGCCAGGAAAGCAGGGAUCUCGGGGAGACCCCGGUGAUGCUGGACCUCGUGGAGAUUCAGGACAGCCAGGUCCCAAGGGAGAUCCUGGAAGGCCUGGAUUCAGCUACCCAGGACCCCGAGGGACACCCGGUGAAAAAGGAGAGGCCGGCCCACCAGGCCCUGAGGGAGGCCGAGGAGACUUUGGUCUGAAAGGCGCACCCGGAAGGAAGGGAGACAAGGGCGAGCCAGCUGAUCCUGGUCCCCCUGGUGAACCUGGCCCUCGGGGGCCAAGAGGAGUCCCAGGACCUGAGGGAGAACCCGGCCCACCAGGAGACCCUGGUCUCACGGAAUGUGACGUCAUGACCUAUGUGAGAGAGACCUGUGGGUGCUGCGACUGUGAGAAGCGUUGUGGUGCUCUGGAUGUGGUCUUCGUCAUCGACAGCUCUGAGAGUAUUGGCUACACCAACUUCACCCUGGAGAAGAACUUCGUCAUCAAUGUGGUCAACAGGCUGGGUGCCAUUGCCAAGGACCCCAAGUCUGAGACAGGCACGCGUGUGGGUGUGGUGCAGUACAGCCACGAAGGCACUUUCGAGGCCAUCCGGCUGGACGACGAGCGAGUCAACUCCCUGUCCAGCUUCAAGGAGGCCGUCAAAAACCUUGAGUGGAUUGCUGGUGGCACGUGGACGCCCUCUGCCCUCAAGUUUGCCUACAAUCAGCUCAUCAAGGAGAGCCGGCGCCAGAAGACCCGGGUGUUCGCAGUGGUCAUCACAGAUGGGCGCCAUGACCCCCGAGAUGAUGACCUCAACCUUCGGGCACUGUGUGACCGAGACGUCACUGUGACAGCCAUCGGCAUCGGUGACAUGUUCCAUGAGACACACGAGAGCGAGAACCUCUACUCCAUUGCCUGUGACAAGCCGCAGCAAGUGCGUAACAUGACACUCUUCUCUGACCUGGUGGCUGAGAAGUUCAUCGAUGACAUGGAAGAUGUCCUUUGCCCAGACCCCCAGAUCGUGUGUCCAGAACUUCCCUGCCAAACAGAUGAACCAUGGCCUGGCACCAAGCCCCCGGUCACCUUCCUCCGCACGGAAGAGGGUCCGGACCCCACCUUCCCCAAGACCAUCCCCCUGAUCCAGCAGUUGCUAAACGCCACGGAGUUCACACAGAACCCAGCUGCCUACUCCCAACUGGUGGCUGUGAUGGUCUACACCGCGGAGAGGGCCAAGUUCUCCACGGGGGUCGAGCGGCAGGACUGGAUGCAGCUGUUUAUUGACACCUUUAAACUGGUGCACAGGGAUAUCACAGGGGACCCAGAGUCUGCACUCGCACUCUGCUAAAGCCUCGGGUUCUAGCCAGAGAUAACCCCUCGCUUCUAGCUUCCCAGGGCUACCACCACAAACUUAGGCAGCAGGGACCUGCCCUCCUAGUCCUGAGGACAAAGUCCAGAAUCUUAUGUCUUUAGUGUUAUACUCUCUAGAGGGUCCCUCCUACUUCCUCCAGCCUCUGGUAGAGCUGCCAUCCUUGGCUUGUGGGCACACUACCCCAGUAUCACUUCUACCUUCCCAGAGCCUUUUCACUUUGUGUCUGUGUCCCCUCCUCUUUCCCCCCUCCUCUUUUUUACAAGGACAUCAGUGAUUGGAUUGAAGGCCCACCUUAAACCCCAGAAGCUCACAUCUGGCAAAGGACUGUACAGAGGGCAUUAUAUUGAGGUUCUUGAGAUGCAGGCCUCUGGGAAUCUUUCAGCUGAGUCCUGUGUUUCAGAACACAGAUUGGGGUGGGGUGCUAUCUGAAUGCUUGAGGAGGUCCCCCCCUUUCCUGCUUCUGUUUGGGCUUCAUGUUUGGUGUCAGGUAUGUGUUUAUAACCCGCAGAAACCACACGGAUGUGACAAUGGCCUUAAUACCCCUCAGCUACUGUCACAGCAGGAGAUCCAAGUGCCAGAGCUGUCUGUCAGUGAGCCCCAAACACCUGUAUGCUCAGCCAGGUCUCUGGAUACACGAAGGCAUCAUGAGAGUAGCCAACAGGCAGGGCUUUUGAUACCCUCGGUCACGUGACUGAGAACCGUAAAGGCAUCCUCUCCCCAGUGUGGGGAAUAGCAAGGGACCCACUGCAAAGUCACGAGCCAUCAAGGCAAGCUCGUGAACCUGGGAUUUUCUCACUGGUCUCAAGGCACCUCAUCAGGCUGGACUGAUGUCCUUUCUUCUAUCUAUGCCUCGCUAGCCCAGGGUAAGACCUAUCCUCCUGGGAAGGUGACACCCGCUCCCUGCUGUGAGGUCACAAGUAGAAGAAGGGACCCCCACAGAAAUGAAGCACAGAGACCUCCCUGAGACCCCAAACUCCCAAUUACAUAUGGAUCUUCACCAGCCUUUCCCGGUCUCCCCCAGGCCCUGUAGAUGUUGAUGUUAAGGAAAUGUGCCCAAGCCAACAACCCCUACUGUAUGUCUGCCUCUGGGUUUGUGGUAAUAAUUGUGAGGGUGCCUGUCAAUUAUGAGGAGCUAGGAAGUCCAGUUGCUCCCCCCUCCCCCGCAAAAAAAAAAAAAACUUUCUAGACAUUCUGAGAAGAUUCCAGGAA